GUAGAGGCUCAUACACUUGUUGGAUUAUUGCACGUUGUACGUCGUCUUCAGUGCUCCGGGAAGGGAUACUGUAUGGGUGUAUUUGGGUGAUGGGAGGUUGCUCGAGGAAGAGCGACCUGUUGCCAGGAUGCAUGUAUUUGUAAACGUUUCCUCGGCGCUCCUGUGUCCUAGGCGGAAGCCCUCUCCUUCAUCACCAGUGUUAUCCUUGGAUAGGAUAGAGGGAUCUAGUACACCCACAAUACCAAACAACAGAGACACACAGUGGCAGUAUGAGGAGAUCACAUUAGUGAGGGGUGGGGCGGGUCUAGGCUUCAGCAUCGCCGGGGGUACCGACAACCCCCACAUAGGAGACGAUCCCAGUAUCUUCAUCACCAAACUUAUUCCAGGGGGUGCUGCAGCGGUUGAUGGAAGACUCAAAGUUAACGAUGUGAUAUGCAAAGUCAAUGAGUGGGAGAUCCUGGGUGUCUCACACCAACUAGCCGUCGAUGCCCUCAAGAGGGCGGGCAACACCGUACACAUGGUUCUAAGGAGAUGGCCAAGGAACCCCUCCACUGGCAAGACGCUGUCCAUCGAGCUCAUCAAGGGCUCCAAGGGGCUUGGCUUCAGCAUCGCAGGGGGUCAGGGUAACCAGCACGUCCCCGGCGACAACGGCAUCUUCGUCACGAAGAUCAUCGACGGGGGCGCCGCAGAGCAAGACGGGAGGUUGCAGGUCGGAGACAAGAUCACAGCGGUUGGCGAUAACAACCUGGUAGAGGUGACCCACGAGGACGCGGUCGCCGUCUUGAAAGCCACCAGCAACAGGGUGCUCCUGACGGUCAUCAAGAAUGCCACUCUCCUCGCCGGAACACAGAUGGCGCCCUACUCACAGAAUGACGAGAACGCCCAGCCUCCAGACGUUUCCAAUGUGGAUAUGUCAGCAGCCAACCCAGUUUAUGCAACAAUGCAGCCCACCCUGAUGCAAGAGCCACGAUCCUCUGACCUCCAGGAGCUGGACGGAGCCUUCGGGACUAACGUGGCCUUUGGGACCAGCGUGGCCAACGGGGCCAAUGGAGCCAAUGGAUCCAAUGGAGAGCCCCCAUCGUACAACAGGGUAACCAACUCACAGCCACCCAACGCCUUCAACAACACGCCCGCUCCAAAGAUCUUCAUCCAGAACGAUGACGGCAUACCAAGGGAACCCAGGCAAGUAGUGCUCAACAAGGGAGCCACCGGUCUUGGUUUCAACAUCGUGGGAGGAGAGGAUGGAGAGGGCAUCUUCAUCUCGUUCAUCUUGGCCGGAGGAGUGGCGGAUCUCAGUGGUGCUCUAAGGAGAGGGGAUCAAAUCCUUGCGGUUAAUAGUAAAGACCUAGUCAACGCUACCCAUGAAGAUGCUGCAUUAGCGCUGAAGGGCGCAGGGCAAGUGGUCACAAUAGAUGCACAAUAUAAACCGGAAGAAUACAACUGUUUUGAAGCGAAGAUCCAGUCACUGCGUGAGGAGAUGAUGCAGAACUCUGUUAGUCCCACGGGCAGUCUUAGGACGUCAGCUAAGAGAACAUUAUUUGUCAGGACUCUGUUUGACUAUGAUAAGAGCAGGGACAGCGGUCUACCCAGUCAGGGCCUUAGCUUUGACUUUGGUGACAUCAUCCACGUGACCAACGCAAGCGACGAUGAGUGGUGGCAGGCGCGUCACAUCCUCCCCAACGGAGAGGAGGGAGAAAUCGGCAUCAUUCCAAGCAAGAGGAGAGUGGAGAGGAAAGAGAAGGCAAGGUUACGGAGUGUCAAAUUCUCGGGUAAUAAGGACCGCAACAACAUCCAGGAGCCAGCGGGAACUGUAAAUAGCAAAGGCAAGAAAGGUUUCUUCAGGAAAUUCAAGAAAAACAGAGACAGCGAUCAGGAGACAAGCGACCCAGAACCUUUCACGUCCAACGCCAGUGAUAGCGAGAGUAGCUACAGGAAUGAGGAGGUUAUUCUUUCAUAUGAAGCAGUCGUCCAGCAAGAAAUCAAAUACACAAGGCCUGUCAUCAUUCUUGGACCUGGUAAAGACAGAAUUAAUGAUGAUCUCAUCUCAGAAAUGCCUGAUGAAUUCGGAAGCUGUGUACCACAUACAACGAGAGCAAGGAGACCCCACGAGGUCGAUGGUCGGGACUACCAUUUUGUCGAGUCGAGGGAACAGAUGGAGAAAGACAUCCAGAAUCACCUGUUCAUUGAGGCCGGCCAGUACAACGAGAAUCUCUAUGGCACCAGUGUAGCAUCAGUCAAGGAGGUCUCAGAAAAGGGCAAGCACUGUAUCCUUGAUGUCAGCGGCAACGCCAUCAAACGCCUGCAGGUCGCCCAGCUCUACCCCAUCGCUAUCUUCCUCAAGCCCAAGUCGGUAGAAUCCAUCGUCGAGAUGAACAGGAGGGUCUCGGAGGACCAAGCCCGCAAGACAUACGAGAGGGCGCUCAAACUGGAACAGGAGUUCCUGGAAUAUUUCACAGCAAUCAUUUUGGGAGAUACCAUAGACGACAUCUACCAGCAGAGCAAGGAGAUCAUUCAUGAACAAUCCGGUCCGACGAUCUGGAUCCCAGCGAAAGAAAAACUGUGAAAGCGGAUCCCGUCUCUCACAGGAGUUACAACAUGAAUCACCAAAAUUGUAUAUGUCCAGAAGAAAGAAAAAACAUUUUGACGACAUUGCACAGCCAAGUUGGAUAUUAGAGAUAUUUUUUGUACAGACAAAUUUUAACAACCGUGGAAUAUUGGGGGAAGAAUUGUAUGUUACGAUUUUUGACAUUUAUCCCCCUCUGUGUUUUAUACGCAAGAUGUCUCCAUUGCUACUUCGUAGGGAUCCGUUAGAGUGCGCUAGUGGAACCCGCUCUGCUCAUGGGGGGCAUAUAUUACCUUCCCCUACCUGAGUAUACGUUCCUGAGGAGGCCCAUGCUUAUUUCAUCAGACAUUAGACAUAUAUUUUCGUCGUUUUUUGAGGUCUUAUGUUUUUCUUUCCCAUUUUCUCCACAGAUAUAGUUUUUUGCAAACGGCCUGUUGAAGUGAAGUGAAUAAUUGCAUUUUUUAUCAAAAAGGAGAAGAUAAUAUGAAACUCAUGAUAUUGAAAUUUCUCUCCGUAGUGUUGUUUUUGUAUUGCCAUUUUGCAAGAAGAAAAAAAAAAGAUAUAUUAGUAAAUAUAUAUAUAUUAUGCCUAAGUAUAUACAGUAUACUCACUUGUGACUAUGCCUGAUUUCACUGUAGUAAAUUGAUUGACGCAGCUAACAAAGAAAUGGAGAUGAAUUAAUACAUUUGUGUGCAAAGUCCCAUGAUGUAUUAGAAUUGAAUUAAAUUUCAUAGUUAUUAUUACCAACCAUUCUCUUGCUUCUUUUAUACAAAAUCUUGUAGCUUUAAUAUUUGAGGUCAUGACCUCUGACCUCAUCAAAAUCAAAGCCCAAAUGUGAUGAAAUUGUUUUAGGGGGAUUAUCUGUAGUUUCUGUACUAGACCCUUAAAAGAUUAUGGAUGGAUUGACUUAUGUUUAAGUUUUUUGUACUUUAUUACUAGAUGAUGAUUUUGAAAAUAGCAAAGUGAAGACAUGUAAACGUACACGUAUCAUGAUGUGUGAUACAAUCUUUAUGUGGACCAAAUAUCGAUCAUGAGUAAGAUUCAUUUUGUUUCCAGUCACAGUUUUUUAUAAGUUGAUGGCAACUUUUUGCAAGAGUGUUUCCCCCUUUCUUUAUAUGUUUAUCUCAUUCUCUUUUCUUGCUCUCUAUCCGUCUCUUUUCAUUUCUCACUUUUUUGCAUUCUUUCUUGACCCACACACCCAUCGUUUCUUUCUUUCUCCCUCUAUUUCCUUUUUUCUCUUGCCCCUCCCCCUUUCUCUUUCUCUCUCUCUCUCUCAAUCAUAUCUCUUGCGUUCAUGCCCCAAUUUGUAUAAAAGAAAGGCCUAUCAUGAAUUUUGUACUUCUUUAGAUUUCUAAUAGUGACACUGUCAUACAGUGAACAAGAUUUGUGUAUCAUUCAAAUUUGAUGUCCCAUGCCAAUGUUAGCAUGUUCCAAAUUGAUAAUUGUAUAAAUCACUUGUAUGAUUUUGUCUGUAAUAUUUCAUUUAACAAGGGCAACGUGUGUGUAUGGACAAAAAUACUAUGAACAUUUCUACAAAUCUGCAUCCAUGUAAUUAAUGCAUUGCUCCCUUGUGAGUGUAGCCCCGCCCCUUUGUUUUUUCUACUGAAACUCUCAUUUUUUGCAAUCGGUGUAAAAUAAUUUUUCAAGAUCUCUCAACAUACAUCAUACAUGUAUAUAUAUACCCCACUCCUUCUGUGUCAGUGUGUAUACCUACCCUCAUAUGGUCACAGAAAGCAUAAAAUGGUGCUAUAAUAGUCUCAUGGCUUUCAAACAUUUUGAAUUAUUGUUUAAUGAUCAUAAUUGCUUGUAUCCACACUCAUGGAGAAUCGUAAUAUGCUCUGAUAGUACAUGUACAUGGAUUGUAUAUUUUGAUCACAUGCAUGAUAAACCCAUUUUCCUAUGGGAGCUGUGUGGCUCCUGCAUUCGAGCCUAUGGGAAUGAGAAUAAAUCAGGAGUCAGUUGGUUAAAAAUGAUCUAUGUCGUUGUUUAUCUUCUAAAGAAAUGACACAAAAUGAGUACAUCGCUAAUCAAGUAAAUUACUGUAUUUUUUAGCACCUUACAUACUAGAAAGAGCAUACUGAAGUUCCUCUUUAUUUUGUUGUUAUUUUUUUUUGGGGGGGGGGAGUGGGGGUUGUUCUGAUUAAAGUAAUUACAGAAGAAAUGUGUUAUGAUUGUUCAAACUUUAUUCACGUGAAGGCCUUUUGCUUCUCAUAGAACUCUGGUUUGAAUACCUUACUUGGGAUAUGAUCUUUUCUGCUGUCCAGAUUGCUAUCAUUUGUGGAAAACUAGCUUUCAUUUGCUGUAGAUACUUGAAAAUGAGCGUUCACCAUUAGAUCAGUUACUCAAGACUUUAUACAAGCAAGCAAGCAAGCACUCAUUUUGUUUUAUAUUUUAUAUUUCUCUACCACAAAAAAUGGGUCUUAUCUUAUUUCAUGUCUUUUUUUUUCUAACCGAAUUACAUUUUGGGCGGAUAUGCUUGUUUAUUUCUUGGGAUAUAUGUGACUGUUAAAGUGUUGGAUAUACAAACAAACUAAAACAGAAUAAAGGACAUUCAACCCAAUGGUGUGGGACUAAGCAAGAUCUUUAAAUGAUUAUAAGCAUUUUAUCAAAUCUUUAUUUGCACUAUAAAUAUAUAAAACCUAUUGGUUACCACAUUCAGAAGUAAGAUUGUGUAAACAGCAUAAAUAUUCCUAUGGAAUUAUUAUGAAGAUCAGGUGAUAGAUAUUGCUCACUGCACUUUGAAAUUGUUUAUAUUAUAAAGGACAUUAGUGAAAGACUUCAUGGGGAGCUAAAGGAAAAAAUUUGAUUUAAUCCUUAAUCUAUAUCAUUUAAUUCAAGAAAUGAUGCAUCAUUGUUUAAAUGAUCAACCAUUAUAUCUGCCCAUUAGUCUUGUCCCAAUCCAAUGUUUUGGAUGAUUUUUCUCAAUGAAUUUUGCAGUUUUAGGUGAUGGUAAAUACUAUCUGUGUGUGCCCCUCCCCCAAAUAAAAAGAUGUUCUAUUGUUGUUUCAGAUCGUAGAUGUAGACACUCCUUUUAUGCUCUAACCAUUUCAAAGAUUAUGAUAACUCUACUGCCAUUAAGUGCCCCGCAGAUGUUAUAUAUUAUGUACUUAGUAUCACUAUUUCAUGUACGUUUGAUUUGAUUUUUUUUUUGGUCUCUUUCCAAUUUUUUCCAGAUAUACAAUAUGUGUGGGAGUUGUAGCACAUAUUAUAACAACGAGAGAGAAACAAGACUAAAAGAAUUUGAUUGUAUAUUCAUCAUAUGUUGAUAUUUAAUUACUAGCAUGCAAAUGAAGGAUUAUAUGUUAUGUAGUCAUUUAUGAUUAUUGUAUGUUUCUUUCUUUUUAAGGAAGGUUAAGUGUUGUACAAAUAAAAAAAAAGUAGACAUUUUGAAAUAAACUCA